AUGGUCAAGCUUGGGCGCGAGUAUAUCGACGUCCUCGCGCUGAAGACGCUCAUGGAGGACACCGGGUUCGUCGACGUGACCCUCAGCUGCUGCAAGUGGCCCACCAACACCUGGCCUGGGUACUCUAGGUACAAAGAGCUCGGGGCUUGGAAUUACGAGAACAUCUCGUAG